UUGAAGGGAACCCACCCAGACCUGAAACAACAGAGGCUACUCAUCCAGUCCUGGAUUUCAGAAUUUCAGAAGAACAACAUCUGGAGAUGCAUUUGUGGUAUCCAAUAUUCCAUCUUAUUCAUUGCCUGUCCAGUACCCACCAAGUCAAAUCACAGACCUUGAUGCCACACUUGAUAGGGAAGAUCAGUCUAACAUGGACAGCACCGGGAGAUGAUUUUGAUGUGGGAAAAGUUCAACGGUAUAUCAUAAGAAUAAGUGAAAAUAUCAUUGACCUAAGAGACAAUUUUGAUGGGGCUCUUCAAGUUAAUACGACUAACCUGUUACCCAAUGAAGCCAACUUCAAGGAAACCUUUGCCUUUAAACCAGAAAACAUCUCAGAAGAAAAUGCAACCCACAUCUUCAUUGCCAUUCAAAGUGUCGACAAAAGCAAUUUGAUAUCGAAACUGUCCAACAUCGCACAAGUAGCACUGUUCACGCCUCAAGCAGAGCCUGAUCCUGACGGUCCUGGUAGUCCCGACGGUCCUGGCAGUCCUGACGGUCCUGGCAGUCCUGGGGGAAGUCCACAUUCUGGAGUUAGUAUUUCCACUAUUGUGCUGUCUGUGGUGGGCUCUAUUGCACUUGUUUGUAUUAUUUUAAGUGCCACUAUUUGUAUCUUCAAGAACAGAAGGUCCUCAUCAAGAGCUGUGAUAACAUUUUGAAAAGCAACAUAAAUAAAAAGUUAUUUCUGAGUUUUUAAGUACAUCCCAUGUGAUCAUGAACUCAAAAACAAUUUCA